UCAAGUCUGGUACAUUCUCAGACACCUGGAAGUCCAUUACUCUCAUGCAGUAGACACGCGUCAAUCAAAAGCCUACGUGGCACUCUCCAAAACUGCCCAAGAAUCCCGAAAUGUUCUCGAACUUGUCGGACUGUCAGAGUGUCAUCAUCAUAAUAUUUCCAGGCAACACUACCAUAGAAUCUAGUGCGCACCCAUUCCUCGAUCGAUCUGCAGAUUAGAAUUGAAUGAAGAUGAUGAACGUUUUGGCUUUGUCCCUAGUCCUAACCACGCUAGCGACGGCGGGGGUUUUGUCUCCGGCGCCGGAGAAAAAGCAAGAAGACGUGAUAGUCAAAGACGGGCACAGAGUUGUGGUGGUGGAGUACGAGAAAGAGCAUGGGAACACCAAGGUUUUGAUUUCUCCGCAUGAAUCUUCUUCCGAGGAUGUUGCGGCGGAGAAGGGAGGAGAAAACGACGGCGACGGAAGUUAUCAUCGCCGGACGACUGCCGGAGAACUCGUGUGCGAUGCUUUUGGGAGAUGCCGGCGCAAGAUCGCCGGUGUGUUUGACCGGACGAAAGACACCGCGCCGGAAAUGGCGGAAGGGGCGAGAGGCGCCGUCAGCGAGGGGCUGGGAAAGGUGAGAGAUACGGUGGUGGAUAAAGGCAGUAAGGCGGCGGAGAUGGCGUAUGAGGCGGAGGAAGAAGCGAGAGGCGCCGUGAGCGAGGGGCUAGGGAAGGUGAGAGAUACGGUGGCUGAUAAGGGCAACAAGGCGGCGAAGAAAGUGUACGAGAUGGAGGAAGGAGCUCGGGACGCCAUAACCGAGCGGCUAGAAAACCUAAGAGCGAGCGCGGCGGGGACGGCUUCCUCGGCGAAGGAAGCCGCAAAAGAAGCGGCGGAAAAAGCGAAGGGCAUGAGAACAGACGCGUCAAGAAAGAUGGAGCACAUGAAGGAAGAACUCUCCGACAGGGCAAAGAAGGCCGAGGAAAAGGUCGGAGAAGCCAAGGAUGCCGUGAAACAUAACAUUCUCCGGUCGGCCGGCCGAGCAUUUGGGAUGGCGAAUCUGAUAGGAUUAGCCGUCGCGUUCGGAAUGUCUGUCUGGGUGACGUUCAUUUCUAGCUAUGUUUUGGCCAAGGCGCUGCCACGGCAACAAUUCGCGGUGGCUCAGAGCAAAAUCUACCCAGUUUACUUCAAGGCCAUGGCUUAUAGCAUCGGAACUGCGUUUUUAGGCCAUAUUUUGAGCCAAAACCAAACCCAAAGGCUCCACUCCAAAACUACACAACAUUUCUUGGGGUUUAAUCUUCUUUCUUCACUCCUCAUGGUUUUAGUCAAUUUGCUCUAUCUCGAGCCUCGUGCAACCAAGGUGAUGUUUGAGAGGAUGAAGAUUGAGAAGGAAGAAGGGAGAGGAAAAGGGAGUACUACCGAAACGGAACACGGCGAUGGAGUGACGAAGGAUCGUUCUGCCGCCGGAGCGGUCGUCGAUGGCAGCACGGGAGCGGUCGUCGAUGGCGGCACGGCGGCGACAGCUGCCACUGAAAUAGCAGAGAAAAAGCAGCGAGAAAGAGCGGAGAAGUCAGAGAUGAUGAGGUUGAGCAGGAAGCUGAAGAAGCUGAAUUCGUAUUCGUCUUUCCUUAACGUUGUUACGCUUAUGUGUCUUACGUUGUACCUUGCCCACCUUGCCCAGCGUCUUCACGUUGCAUGUUAGUUGAUUAACGCUAGAUGCGGGUCUCGGUUCGCCCAAUGUCUUUUAUAUGUAGUUGUAGAUUAUUAUUGUAAAUUAAAUGUGUUGGAUUUGUAGUGUUUGUGAUGAACAAUAGUU